AUGGAUAACUCCAUCCCGAUUAUAAGAAAAAAGAGUAAUCUAACUGAUUAGCCAUAAGAAAAGAAUAGGACUAUUCCUCCUAUGAUAAAUUGUGAUAAAUUGAUUACUAAUCUAUAAAAGAUUACAUUAAUGGAUAUCUUAGAUCAAUUUGCAAAAGAUUCUGAAAGCAAGAGUAUUGUAGAGAUUUUAAGAUCUAUUUUUGAGAUUGCAGAGAAACCUCAUAAAGUUUAAGAUAAAACAUAGAUUGAUCUAUGGAGUAUUAAUAAUUACAAAGAUAACUAAAAAUUUGAGUUUAAUGAUGAAUAAAAAAAUAAGCAAAAUGGUUAUGAUUAUUAAAAUACUAAGAAGAAGGAUCAUAGAUAUAGAGAUUUAGAUAGAGGUAGAGAUAAUGAUAAAAAUUAUCAUAAUGAUAGACAUGAUAGAUAUGAUAGAUAAGAUAAAUAUGAUAGGAAUGAGAAAAGAACUAAAUAUGAUAAUAAUGAUAGAUAUGAGAGAUAUGAUAGACAUGAUAAAUAUUAGAAAUAUGAUAGAAGGGAUAAUUAUGAUAAAUAUGCUAAUGAGAAUAAAGGGAGAAGAGAUUAUCAUAAAAAUGAUCAUUAAAAUGAAACAAAUGAUAUUAGAAAUGAUUGGAUUAUAAAGAUACCAGAUACUAUUAUAAAUGGAUAAUAAAUAAAUGGGAAAGUAGAUAAUUUUAAUUAACCUAAUAUGUUGUCUAUAGCUACUCCUAAAUGA